AUUAUAGUGUUUGAUUCAUAUAAUUUUGAACUAGAACAACGAAGAUAAAUUGCGAUCUACGAUUACUUUUGGGCUUAAACGGUGUGCUAGGCGACAUUUCACGUUUCAUCAUCUUACAUGAACUAAAAAAGCUUAGAGAAACGUGGAAAUCUGUGACAAGACAACGAUGAUGACGAAAUAUGACAUAAAGUACCAAAGCACCGAAAUUAAAUUUACUUAUCAUUAAAUAAACUCAGGCAAAAUUUGCAACUACAAAAAAAAAUCCAUGAUGUUUUCUUUCGCCUGUAUUGAAAGCUUCAUAAGAUUGAAAUUUGAUUGAAUCUCCAUCUCUUUGUGGUACAGGAUACAGGGAUGAGUAUUUCGCCUUAUAAACAAUAAGCCAAAUAUAGAAUUAACCCUCCAGGACGCGUGCGCUCAUUUAUUUUUAAACUCGCAGUCCACGCACAGCCGGUCGUAACAUUCAAACAAAUCUCUCAAACUGUUCAGACGCACUUUUUCAUUGAAUUUAUUUACAUACAUUUUACAUCAGCUAGCUAGUUGGAGAAGAACCAACAUUUUAUUUAGGUUAGAACAAUAGUAAACAUUACGGUCAACGAUCUCGACUUGGGCUCGCGAAUUUAAAACUAAAAAUAUUAGGCAUGACUAACUCUGACUGUAAAUUGUGAAAUUCAUUCACCCUAGUGAACUUCCCGUGGACGUUCCUGGUCUCGUUGGGACGUGUUUGUGUUCCGUGAAAGAUUCGAAACGAUUAAAUAACGAAACAUAAAGUGUAAGAAAUGACUCGAGGUCCAACGAUAGUGCGGGUGGCGCCCAGCGCUGGGCACAGCGGGGGAGGCAUCAAGUGUUGCUGCUGCCGAUGCUGUGAAUGCAUCAACUUCGGAUAUCUAACGUCACAACAUGGUAUCAUUAAACUAGCUGAAGCCAUGUUAGGUGGCCUUUGUCAGAGUUUGCUCGUGAAGUACGGUAUGUCUGAGGCCAGCGUCAUGGGCUCUGCCUUCCAUGGCUUUCUCACCACAGCAUCAGCGUGUCUCCUCACUACAUCCCUUCUUAUUGCCUGCUACGUACUCUCUUCCAAUUCUCAACAACUGAUACGACAAUCUAUAUUCGAAUUUGUUUUUAACGCUGUUGCGUGCUUCUUAUAUUUGUCAGCCUCAUCAUACAUGGGUGUGGCGGUCAACAUAUAUUUGUAUCCGAGAUAUUCAUUAAUCAACAUGUACGCCGCGUAUCCCGCCAUGACUGCCGUAUACUACAUUGGCGUGAUAGUCGGCAUUGUGCACGGCGUCGACGCCUACAUAUCGUAUAAGUACCAUAAGGGUAUACGAUAAGCGAAUGAUUAACAACAGUAACAACGGGUUUCCACUGUUGCACCACUUGUAUACCAACAGACACAACAUUGUUUUAAUAAAAUAAAAAAUACAAUCGAAUUGAUAACCUCUUUUUUUUUGAAGUCGGCUAAAAAGUGGUGCAGCGAGUGCCGGUGUUAGGGCUACCGGCGCCCUGGGUAAAAUCUCAAUGGCCCUUCCUUUUUUACCAUGUCUUAGGUUUACGUAAGACUAUAAUUCGCAGACCUGUCCAUUCAGCGCCCUGGGCGGUCGCCCAAUCGCGCUCUACCCUAACACCGAUACUGGUUACAGCA